AUGGCUAUUGAGUUAUGGUGAACGUAUGGUUUCAUCAUCUUCGCCACACAACGGAUGAGUUUACAACAUGGUUCUCAGCCGUUCCCCACUUAUCGGACAGCAUUCACUCUUGCAGCAUGGUGUUCAAUUCGUGUGUCCUUAUCAGAAAUUAUGCAGAUGCGAGUUUUGAGAUACUUUCUAGCGGAAAAAUUGCUUCAGCUUCAGCUUGGUUGCCUCUGCUUUACGACACGUAUGUCUUUGGGUUGACGUUGAACCGCACGCUUCCUUCGAUCCGCAAUAAAGAAGCGGGGCAUAUUAUCCGCACUCUUUUUGCAGACGGGCUACUGUACUACAGCGUCAUCUGCACCAUAAAUCUGAUAUUGACAGUCAUGAUUAUCAGAGCUCAACCAGGGGUGAAAAACAUCGCCGCACAGCUUGAACUUCUUCUCACAGUCACAAUGAUGUCAAGGAUUACUCUUAACCUCAAGAAGGAAGCAUUUCAUAAACCUGGUCACCGCCACUUACAAGCGGAAAGUUUUAUUAUGUCCACACGCAAUAAUGAUACACACACACCCUCAGGUGAAGCGAUCGUGCUCAGCCGAUUGCGAUCACAUUCUGUCUCCUCCGCAGCGCGCGUCGAGUCGAGCAGCCAUGCGCGAUCUGGCUCGGCAAGUUUCGUUGUACCCCCUGUGCGAACUAUCACCUUCGCAGAGGAUGCAUCAAUCUCCCCUACUCGGCCUCGCUUAAGCACGAUAGAUUCUACCACCGAUAUUGAUCCAACUAUCCUGAGUCGUAGUAGUGACAGUCCAGUUAGCGAACAUGUCGAUUGGCCUUCAGCUUCGAAUUCUGACCAGCGAAAUACUGCAGACAUUGUGUGAUUUACAUCGGUUCUCUACCUAGUUCGUUGUGACAGCUAUAUGUACUAGUAAUUCAGGAUGCGAAUGCAA